AGCCCGAGGGGGGUCCUCGGGAAGCUCCGAGGCCGGGACGAUGGGGCAGAGUCUCCCGUGGGAGAAUAGUGCUGGGGUCUGGGGCGGGCUUCGGAACACCGGGUCUGGAACCCGCGCCUGAGUUCCCUCCUCCCUUCUCGCUCCCUCCGCAGCCCCCCAAACCCCAGCCCCCGACUCGCGCUUUCUCCCCAAGCCACCCCGCCCUCCGCCCCUCCCUCCCCUAUCUCCAAGCCUCAGCACCCUCCAACUCUGCCGACGAUUCCGGCGCCCUCUCCCGCGCCCUCGCCCCCACCUCCCGACGGGCGCCUCGCCCAAUCCCGCUGCCUCUGGCUCCUCCACCUCCAGCCCCGCGCCUCUCCUGCCCCGCCUGCCUCCACCGCCUCCCCGCCCCUCCAACCCGCUCCCGCCGGGCCCCCGCGUUUCUGCGCCUAAUUCCAGCCGGCUCUCGAGCUCCCGGGAUCCGGGAUCCCGCGGCACUUCAGAACCUGCUGGUCUCCAGAACACCUAGUGAUUUACAGGUAGGCAUGGCCCCCUCUGGAAGACUUGAAAGGGUCUACCAUCUACCAAGUGACAUCUUUGUUUCAAGGCCUCUACCUCCCUCAGCUUCAAGUUAGGUUUCAAGGGGGAGGCAGCACGUAACAAGGAGAGCGUGCCGGGUGCCGCUCAGAUUGUGAAGCAAGGAUUCGAGUUACUAGAGCCAGUCUCCCCGAGCAGCCUGGAGCCUUUGCCAGUUCUGAUCUGUCCUGGCCUCUCUUCUGGUCAACCAAAGGACUUGAAUCAGCACUGUGGAUGAUACCCGACACAUAUUGGAUCUUGAGAAAUAAGGUGGUUUUGAAUCAACUGAUUGACCAGAUGAGCGACUUGGUUUCAACCUUUGGAACUGAGCAUGCACACUAGCUGGAAUUUGAGUAACUGGAAUGUGAAUAACUGCUAGGAAUCCACAGCUUCCUUGGUGUCUGCCCUGCGGCCUGGGGGUUUCUAGGAGGUUCUGAAGUCUGUCCAUCAUUCCUCAGACUUUAAGGACGUGUUCCCGAUUGGAGGUGAAGCCAUGAGGAGAAAAUAGAACAGACAAUAAUGCUUUUCCGCAGUCGCUUCUUGCUGGGGCUGGCCCUGGCGGGGCUGCUGGCCUUCGUGAGCCUCAGCCUGCAGUUCUUCCACCUGACCCCCGUGUCCACAGCUAAGAAUGGAGUGAGUAGCAAGAGUCGAAAGAGAGUCAUGCCUGAGCCAGUGACAGAGCCCCCCGUGACGGACCCCAUUUACGAAGCUCUCUUGUACUGCAACAUUCCCAGCGUGGCUGAGCGCAGCAUGGAAGGUCACGCCCCGCAUCAUUUUAAGCUGGUCUCAGUGCAUGUGUUCAUUCGACACGGGGACAGGUACCCACUGUAUGUCAUUCCCAAAACGAAGCGACCAGAAAUUGACUGCACUCUGGUGGCUAACAGGAAACCGUAUCACCCUAAACUGGAAGCUUUCGUUAGUCACAUGUCGAAAGGAUCCGGAGCCUCUUUCGAAAGCCCCUUACACUCCCUGCCUCUUUACCCCAAUCACCCACUGUGUGAGAUGGGAGAGCUCACGCAGACAGGAGUCGUGCAGCAUUUGCAGAAUGGCCAGCUGCUGAGGGACAUCUAUCUAAAGAAACACAGACUCCUACCGAGUGACUGGUCCACAGACCAGCUUUACUUGGAGACCACUGGGAAAAGCCGGACCCUACAAAGUGGGCUGGCCUUGCUUUAUGGCUUUCUCCCCGAUUUUGACUGGAAGAAGAUUCAUUUUAGGCACCAGCCGAGCGCUCUGUUCUGCUCUGGAAACUGCUAUUGCCCCGUGAGAAACCAGUAUCUGGAAAAGGAGCAGCGUCGGCAGUACCUCUUACGUUUGAAAAACAGCCAGCUGGAGAGGACCUACGAGGACAUGGCCAGGAUCGUGGACGUCCCCACCAAGCAGCUUCGAGCUGCCAACCCCAUAGACUCCAUGCUCUGCCGCUUCUGCCACAAUGUCAGCUUCCCAUGCACUAGGAAUGGUUGUAUUGACAUGGAGCACUUCAAGGUGAUCAAGACACAUCAGAUAGAAGACGAGAGAGAGAGGCGGGAGAAGAAGCUUUAUCUGAGCUAUGCGCUCCUGGGCGCCCACCCCAUCCUCAACCAGACCAUCAGCCGGAUGCAGCGCGCCGCGAAGGGCAGGAGAGAGGAGGUCUUUGCCCUCUACUCUGCUCACGAUGUCACUCUGUCACCAGUUCUCAGUGCCUUGGGCCUUAUGGAAGCCAGAUUCCCAAGGUUUGCAGCCAGGUUGAUCUUGGAGCUCUGGCAAGACAGAGAAAAGCCCAGUGAGCAUUCUGUCCGGAUUCUUUAUAAUGGCGUCGAUGUCACAUUCCACACCUCUUUUUGCCAGGACCACCACAAGCAUUCUUCCAAGCCUAUGUGCCCCCUCGAAAACUUAGUCCGAUUUGUCAAAAGGGACAUGUUUGUGGCCCUGGGGAGUAGCGGUAGUACCAAUUACUAUGAUGCAUGUCACGGGGAAGGAUUCUAAAAGGAAGGCAGUGCGGUGCCGAUAGAAUCUAUGCGAAUACAGACGGAUGGGAAGGGUGCACUUCUAGUUCUAUCCAGUGCCAAGGGUCUAAGAUUUUUGACUUACAAAGGCUAGAAAUCAUGUUGGAGCCACAUAGAUGGUCGGGUUGAACGGGAAGUACACUGUUAGAAUCAAGUACGUGAGUUACUUGGUACAUCACGGCCAGUUCACAGAGAGAGGAAGGUACUUUCAUCAUAGCCCGACUUUGCUUAUGAUGCCAGAAGAAUAUUUCAGUACCCAGAGUUGCCAAUCCACAUGUGUAUUAUUUCGAUCUGACUAUAUGAUGGAACCAGCAAACCUCCGCCAAAAUUUUCUUCAGAUGGGACCAUUUUGCCUUGUCCCUGUUCAGCAAAACAUUUCCUGCAGUGAUUUAUCUAAAAUAGGGGUUGGGCGCCUGGGUGGCUCAGUCGGUUAAGUGACUGCCUUCGGCUCAGGUCAUGAUCCUGGAGUCCUGGGAUCGAGUCCCGCAUCGGGCUCCCUGCUCAGCAGGGAGUCUGCUUCUCCCUCUGACCCUCCUCCCUCUCAUGCUGUCUCUCAUUCUCGCUCUCAAAUAAAUAAAAUCUUUAAAAAAAAAAAAAAAAAAUAGGGGUUGACACAUUUUUUUCUGUACGGGGCCAGUUAGUAAAGGUUUUAGACUCGGGGGACCCAGAGGCCACAUACAGUCAUGUGGCACGAAAGCAACCAUAGACAGACAACGUGAACAAAUGAACGUGUGGCUGUGUUCACGGCCCGGGGUUGCUGACCCCGAUCUCAAAAACACAGGCUCUACCACAUUUGCACUUUCAGCACUUUGAGAACCAGUUGAAUACAAAGAAUUAUUCAGUGGUGCCUCCAGGAACUUCUGCGAGAAACACCGAAUUUGGUCUGUCGCUGGUGUUACAACGAAACUUGAGGGGAAAUAAACAUCAAAUCAGAAUGAAUCAUAGAAAAAUCAUUAGGAUAAUACUUGAUGUUCAUGAUGAUUAUGGUAGAAGAUAGUUUUAAGUAUGUUUUAAAUAUUUGUCUGCUGUAGUCUAUUUGCUGUAUAGGCUGAAAUUUUUGUAUUCCACUUAGUAUUUUUAUAGUCUAGGAAAGUAUUUUCUAAGACUGGUUUUAGAUGUGCUCUUAUUCGUAGGUAAUAUUCAAUUUACCGUACCUGCUUGGUGGUUAGAAGGAAGCCAGAAGCUGAAUUCAGGCAUUUUCUUCCAGUAAAACUAAUUAUGGCUCAUUCCCUUUGACAAGCCAUAGAAUUGGAUCAAUUUUUAAACCGUUUUCAUCGAUUUCAAAUGGUAAAUUCUAAUUGAUUUUCAAAUAAGUUUUUGGAAGAACUUUGUUACUAGAUAGUUGAAAAAUCUUUAUAAGAUAUUUUAUAUAUUAGAAGCAAUUGUAAUUAAAUCUGUGGUUUCUGAACUACAAUGGUGCUAGUUCCAUGUGAAGAAACGUAAAGUGCAAGUGAGAAUCUCCAGUGUUGUUGGCAUUCCAAACUUUUCUUUGUUUUUGUCUAAUGUUGCCUUUGGAUACGUCUGUUUCUAUAAAUAAAUUUUUGAAGAAUACUCAUACAUACAAGUCAUGGUUU